AUGACGCACGUCACAGACAACAGGGCAUUUUCAGGAGCAUUAUUCGCAUCGGUCAACGGAGCGAAACAGGGCUGUGAACUUGCUCCCACCCUGUCCGCUGCCAUUCUGCUGGACGCCUAUCGUGACGAGCGCUCUGGGAUCAGCAUCGGUUACGGGAACGACGUCCAGGUUCUCAACACUCGACGGAGGCAGGCAUCCACGCAGACUUUGAGGAAGACUGUGCAUGAACUCCUCGUCACGGUCGUCUAUGAAUCCAAUGCCCCGACGGAGGCAACCAUGGAAAGGAGCAUGAAUCUCUUCGCCUCCGACCGAACCAACUACGGGCUGGCUAUCAACACGGACAAAACGAUGGUCAUGGGCCAGCCCUCGCCCGAUACUUCACACAACGACCCUCGAUGGAGACGAAUACACGAGUCCCAGGAAGCGGUUCGCAGAAAGAAGAUGCGACGGUCGGACGUUUUAGAUUCUUACUCGAACCCAUCAUCUGAGACAGUCUCUGGAAAGUGCAGUGGAGGCACAAUGAGCAUAGUCAUUAUACGACGCAGUUGUCGGACGACCACAUGCCUACAGCAGCAUUUGUAUUCGUUUCUGGAGGUUGCAUAUGAUGCGACGGUUGGUUUGCAGUCCGUACCCGAGUCGUUAAUUGUCGUGAUUCAUUCCCGUUAUUGA